GACACAAACAAGUGUAACAAUCAUUACAAUUUACAUUAGACAAAGAUUUACUGACAUCAUUUUCAUUUUCCGUUAUGUUUUGAUUCUAUCCUUUGAAUUUUCAAAACUAUAAAUAAAUAAAUAAUUGUUUACAUUCAUAAUUCACCUCUCUACCAAGUCAAAGUCUCAAAAGACAAAAAAUGGUUUGGAAAAUUCGUCUACUACACUUGGAAACACAAGUGUGGAUAGAAAGAAAAAACCAAACAAGACUUCAAAUUGAACUCUUCUUUAUUUGCUUCAUUCAUCAUUUCUUCAAAAUUCAAUGAUAUUAUAAAGUUUUUCAUUUUAUGCUAACAUCUUUGUUUUUCCAGGAAUAGAGUUUCUUUUGCUCAAAAGGGUUUCUCAAAUUUCAUGGCUUUAUUGUCUUUUUAAGUCUUUCUCAGAUUUAGAUUGUUGUGGAAGCGUUCCUCGACGAGAAGGCUUUGAAAGUUUGUGCAAAUUGCAACCCUUUUGGUAGCAUUUGUUAGUGUUAUUGAUUCAUGGGAAGAAAAGGGUUGUUAUUUUAUUUAUUGCUGAACUGCAUUGUAAGAUGAUGGGUGUAGAUUUUCUUACUUCUGGUCCUACCUCAACUGCGAUUUCUCAAAUCAUAGAAACCAUUAGUGAGUUUGUAACUUGUGCUAGUGAUGCACUUCUGGAGAAGGAUAGUUUUAAGGAACUUGGCACUUAUUUGGAAAGAAUUAUGCCGGUUUUAAAGGAAUUGAGGAGAGAAAAAGUGAGUGAUUCUGAGACAUUCAACCGUGCUAUUGAUAUUAUGAAUCGCGAAACGAGAGAAGCGAAGAUGCUUGCUCUAGAAUGUAGUAAGAAGAGCAAGGUUUAUCUGUUAAUGAAUUGCAGGUCUAUUGUACAGAAGUUAGAAAAUCACACAAAAGAGUUAAGCAAGGCGCUUGGUCUUCUUCCUUUAGCUACAUCAGGUCUUUCGGCUGGAAUAUUGCAAGAGAUUGGAAAGAUCUGUGAUAAUAUGGAGAAAGCUGGAUUUAAGGCUGCAAUAGCGGAAGAGGAGAUUUUAGAGAAAAUUGAGUCAGGGAUAAGAGAAAACAAUGUCAAUCGUUCGUAUGCGAAUAAUUUAAUGACUCUCAUUGCUGAGGCUGUUGGAAUUACAAAUGAGAAGUCGACAAUUAAGGUUGAACUUGAAGAGUUUAAGAAAGAAAUUGAAAAUGCACGAGUUGAUAAGAAAAAGGCUGAAGCUAUGCAAAUGGAUCAGAUCAUUGCUUUGUUAGAAAGAGCUGAUGCAGCCUCGUCACCAAGUGAAAGGAAACUGAAAUACUUUGCAAAACGGCAAUCUUUAGGUAGUCGGAUAUUGGAGCCUUUACAGUCAUUUUAUUGCCCUAUCACACAUGAUGUUAUGGUCGAACCUGUUGAAACUUCGUCAGAUCAAACAUUUGAGAGAAGUGCAAUAGAGAAGUGGUUUGAAGAAGGAAAUAAGUUGUGUCCUUUGACGAUGAUUCCUUUAGAUACAUCAGUUUUGAGACCUAACAAAACUUUGAAACAAUCCAUAGAAGAAUGGAAGGAUAGAAACACAAUGAUUACAAUUGCUACAUUAAAAGAAAAAAUACAUCAGUUUGGAGAUGAUGAUGAAGUGAUUAAUUCACUAAAAACUCUUCAAGAUUUGUGUGAGCAGAGGGAGCAACACAGGGAAUGGUUGAUGCUUGAGGACUACAUACUAGUUCUUAUUCAAAUUCUCGGUUCGAGAAACCGUGAUAUAAGGAAUCAUGCUCUUGUCAUCCUGUGCAUUCUAGCAAAGGAUAAUGAAGAAGCUAAGGAAAGAAUUGUAACGGUUGAUAAUGCAAUUGAAUCGAUCGUCCAUUCUCUUGGACGGCGUCCGGAGGAAAGAAAGUUAGCAGUAGCAUUACUGCUUGAAUUGUCCAAAUAUGAUUUGGCUCGAGAACAUAUUGGAAAAGUUCAAGGUUGCAUACUGCUAUUGCUGACUAUGUCUAAUGGAGAUGACAAUCAAGCUGCUGAAGAUGCAACUGAGCUAUUGGAUAAUCUUUCGUACUCUGAUCAGAAUGUUAUACUGAUGGCAAAGGCAAAUUAUUUCAAGCAUUUACUGCAGCGUCUCUCCACAGGAGCAGAUGAUGUAAAGAUGAUUAUGGCGAAAACUUUAGCAGAAAUGGAGUUAGCUGACCACAAUAAGGAGUCCUUAUUUGCCGGUGGUGUAUUAGCUCCUCUUCUUCACUUGUUCUUACAUAAUGAUCUUCAGGUUAAAACAGUGGCCACAAAAGCUCUUAGGAAUUUAUCUAGUUUAAAGACAAAUGGACUAGAAAUGAUUCGACAAAGGGCUGUGCGGCCGUUGCUUGACCUCCUUUUCCACCAUAGCAUACAUACAUCAAGUUUAUGGGAAGAUGUAGCAGCCAUAAUUAUGCAACUUGCUGCAUCAACUAUCUCUCAAGAUGCUCAAACAUCAGUUUUAUUGCUAGAUUCUGAUGAUGAUGUUUUUAAUCUUUUCCCUCUUGUCAGUGUGACACAACCUGGUGUUCAACAAAACAUUAUCCAGACCUUUUAUGUCUUGUGUCAGUCACCCUCCUCGUCGCAUAUCAGGACCAAGCUAAAUCAGUGCUCAGCUAUCCCAGAAUUGGUUAGGUUGUGUGAGAAUGAGAAUCUAAACCUAAGAGCAAGUGCUGUAAAGUUAUUUUCAUGCUUGGUAGAGAGUUGUGAUGAAUCCAUCAUACUAGAGAAUGUUGGUCAGAAAUGCAUCAAUACUUUACUUAAGAUCCUAGAAUCUUCAUCUGAUGAAGAAGAAAUACUUUCUGCUAUGGAAAUAAUAUGCCAUCUUCCAGAAAUUGAUCAGAUAACUCAAUGGAUUCUAGAUGCUGGUAUACUUCCAAUCAUUUAUAAAUCUGUCCAAGAUGGUAGAGACAGAGAUCUUCAAAAGAGUAACUUGGUAGAGAAAGCGAUUGGUGCUUUACGUCGUUUUACAGUUCCAACGAACUUGGAGUGGCAAAAAAUUGCAGCUGAAACCGGGAUUAUAACUGUUUUAGUGCAGUUACUUGAAAGUGGAACAACCUUGACAAAACAACGUGCGGCGACGUGUCUUACUGAAUUUUCUAAAAGCUCGGUUAAGCUCAGCAGACCGAUUCCAAAGCAAAAAGGACUACUAUGUUGCUUCUCAACUCCAAAAGAAAUUGGCUGCAAUGUUCACGGAGGAAUAUGCACCGUUAAGUCAUCAUUUUGCCUUUUGGAAGCUCAAGCAAUCGGACCACUCACAAAAAAUCUUGGUGAAUCUGAUUAUGGAGUUUGUGAAGCUUCUUUGGAUGCUUUAUUAACAUUGAUUGAAGGUGAUAGAAUAGAGAGUGGUGGUAAAGUGCUUUCAAAAGAAAAUGCAAUACCAUUAAUAAUAAAAUUUCUUAGUUCUUCCUCUCUUGGGUUGCAAGAAAAGUCUCUACAAGUUUUGGAAAGUCUUUUUCAGCUAGUAGAAUUCAAACAAAUGUAUGGAGCCUCAGCUCAAAUGCCUCUAGUUGACUUAACUCAAAGAAGUAAUGGUAGAGUUAGAUCCAUGUCAGCUAGAGUAUUGGCACAUUUGAAUGUACUUCAUGAUCAAUCUUCAUACUUUUAAGGAAAAAUGCAACUAAGCUAACCUAUAUAGUGCCAAAACUUCAUAUUAAAGGCGUGUCAAAGUGUAUGACACGUGUCUGUGUCGGGCACUGAUAUGACAUUGACACUUGUGAGUUGUGAUUAGUACAAUCGAUUUUGUGUCUGUGUCAGUGAUUCAUAAGCUUCAACUCUGAAUGACAUCGGAGAAAACCUGACAUGAUGUUCCUCGAUCUUGUGGCCCGAAAUGUUUUGAAACUCUGGAUUUGGCUAGCUCUCAUCUCUUGGUUGAGCUGUUGGUUUGUACAUAUAAAGGAAGGAAGGAGCCCCAUUGGACAAGAAAGAAUUUAUUUAUUUGAGGCUUAUAUUAAACGCCUCAAAUUACUUGUAAUUUUGAAGAUUGAUUGUAUUCUGUUGUUAUUUCUUAAUAAAAAACUGUAUUAUUUUGAUUAAUCAAAAAAGCCCUUUCUUUCACAAUUGUAUUCUUUUGCUAUUUGAACUCAUUGUGAUUCUUCUUA